CAGUGAAAUACUAACCAACGCGUCUAUACUAUUUGCAUCUCAUAAAACACAGAGCUGAGAAAGGAAGAAAAAAAGCGUUUGUGAGUGUGAGAGAGUCAUAACAAUGGUUGUGGAAGAUGCCCAAAAAUCAGCCAUCACGGAGGACCAAAACCCUAGCAGGGUCGCCAACGACAACAACGACGACGAAGAUCUCGAAGAGGGGGAGAUCCUCGACGACGGUGACGACGGCGCCUCCGCCACAUCAAAGCCUCCGUCCGCCCUCGUCCGCAACCCCCACCCUCUCGAGAAUUCCUGGACCUUCUGGUUCGACAACCCUUCCGCCAAGUCCAAACAAGCCGCAUGGGGCAGCUCCAUCCGACCCAUCUACACUUUCGCCACCGUCGAAGAGUUUUGGAGCAUUUACAAUAACAUUCACCACCCGAGCAAGUUGGGUGUGGGGGCGGACUUUCAUUGCUUCAAGCACAAGAUUGAGCCCAAGUGGGAGGAUCCUAUCUGCGCUAAUGGGGGAAAGUGGACUAUGACCUUCCAAAGGGGAAAAUCUGAUACCAGUUGGUUAUAUACGUUGUUGGCAAUGAUUGGAGAACAGUUUGAUCACGGAGAUGAAAUAUGCGGAGCUGUUGUGAAUGUCAGAAGUAGGCAGGAAAAAAUUGCUAUUUGGACUAAGAACGCUUCAAAUGAAGCUGCUCAGGUGAGCAUUGGAAAGCAGUGGAAGGAGUUUCUUGAUUACAAUGACACAAUUGGCUUUAUAUUUCAUGAGGAUGCAAAGAAGCUUGACAGAGGUGCUAAAAAUAAAUACGUUGUAUGAAGUUUAUAGCGUUCUUAACUGGAAGCAAAUGAAGGAAUGCAGUACAUUCCUUGAAUGAAGUCGCAUUUUGAUGCCUGGUCUUUCCUCUCCUACAUGUAGCUGAGCUUCUUAGCCCUUUUGACCUCAUCUUAUUAGUACUUUCAUAUUCGAUGUGGACGGAGAAUAUUUCAUACUGAGAUGUUUCAUCAAUAAUAUAGAGUGAUUUAGCUAAUUGCUUCUA